AUGCAAAGGUCUGUGGAAGAAUAUAGGCAAGCUAAUGUGAGGGCACCUGCUAUGGAUGAGGAGUCUUCACGAGCACCAAUAGAAAAAUGGAAGGCACCUCCAGAUGGAUGGUGCAAAGUAAAUUGGGAUGUAGGCUUUGCAAAAUCCUCGGACAUAAUGGGCUUGGGCAUUAUCGUGCGAGAUAGUAGGAGUAAUGUGCUAGCAACUAGGAGUUUAACACGUAAGGUACUGUUGGAACCAAUAAUGGGGGAAGUGCUGGCCUCCUAUUAUGCUGCUUUAUUAUGUAAGGAGCUAGCUUUGACAUAUGUUAUCCUAGAGGGAGAUGCAAAGCAAGUGGUGGACGCAAUUGUAUCAAAAGGGAAUUGCUGGAGUCGUUUUGGCCAUUUGGUGGAAGACACGAGAACUGUUCUACUGGCUUUUACAGAAUGGAAGUGCGUUCAUAUAAACCGUACUGCAAAUAAUGUUGUUCAUAAGUUAGCAAAAAUGGCAACCUCUGACAUCAUAGAUAGAACUUGGACUCUUUGUAUACCAGAUUGUAUACGUGAUGUUAUUUUGAUGAAGCAAUUAGUUCCAUCAAGUGAUUGA